GUCAAUAAUAAUUUAUUAUGGGGGAUAUAAAACAGUGUUUUUAGUAAUCGCUAUUUGUUUCCCUCUGUUUAAGCACCUCGCCAUGGACUAUAUCCUUGUUUUAUUUUAGCCAAUUGGGCUUUGGGACUGCUUCCCCCUGAUGACAUCAUCGAAUCAUGACGAUCAUAAACAAUAAUGAUAGAUCAUGUACACUAUUCAUAGAUCACCUAUGUUAACGUUAGAGCUAUCGACAAAAAUUAUUUGGAAAGAAGUGGCAAUACAGCAUGUGCAAUUGAAUGAUCACUAUGAAUUUGGUUUCACUCUCUCUCGUAUUUUGUUAUUAUGAGGCAACGUGCAAUUCAGCAACUUUGAGUCGUACAGCUAUGGAUAAUACUUUGGAGCUGUCUGGUGUGAACGAAAAAUCGGUGUAUAGUUCAGAUAACACUACUGCAAGCAACGAUACACACCAAGAUACACGACAGCGUGGUGUUGUAAGAAGAGACAUGGAAAGAUUUGGAGUCCAAACGGCCAACAUAAGCUCAUCCUUGGUAUCAUUGACGAUCUCGCCAACGGAUGAUUCACCAAUCGAAACAACGAAUGCAUUUUCUACUUCUGCAAUAUCCAAAAGGGCAAGUGUGAUUCCAUCUCUGCCAACAUCAGAAGGCAGUUCCAACACAACGUUUACAAUUGGCAUAGCCGAUACGACUUCUCUAUCGUCCACAAUCCCUUCAACAAUCAACUCAUCCAUUGCAACACCCAAUGCACAUCCAAAUUCAACUAUACCAACACCAAAGGGAAAUUUGAUACCAUCUCAAUCAUCAUCAGAAGCCAACGCCUCGCUGAUUACCACAUCCAUCUCUUCGUUCAAUGUCUCGUCAACGUCUAGAUCAUCGAUCGAAUCAACCGAGGCAGACGUAACGUCAACUAUUCCCACGAGUGAGGAAGGUUUGACACUGUCACAAACAUCAUCAGAAACCAGACCUCCUCAAAUUUCCACCACCACUCCAUCGUCCAAAGUCCCCUUAGGGUCUGAAUCAUCAAUCGAAGCAUACACAGCAACGAUGCCAAAAUCCGAUGCAGGUGAAAUACCAUUGGCAACAACAUCUGAGUCCAGUUCCCCUGUAGUUUCCACACUCGCCAAAACUGAUGCAAAAUUGCAACAUUAUAUUCAAGAGAUUUCUACCUUAAAAGGGGCUACGAUUUCAUUAGGCAUGAUACUUGCGUUUGCAAUAGGCGUGAUUGUGACAAUGUGUUUAAUGCUGAAAAUGAAAUUCUUGAAAAAAUCAGAGACUCGAGCAACAACCGUCAAGAACGUUGGAGUAGAUAUGACUAGCAUGAGUACGGCAUACGCUUUGAAAAAUGAGAACACAAAUGAUGCAGUUGUCAAAAACAUAUACGAGAAACUUGGCACAUUGGGGAAUGACGUACAUGUAGAGGAUUCACUUAACGGACAUACUGAAUUCAACUGCAAUGAUUUGGAAGAUUCACAAUAUGGCAAUUCAGAGUGCCACGGCAAUGGUGUGGACACUGUGGAGGAUUCAGAAUAUGGUAAUACUGAAUUCCUUCGCAAUUAUCAGGAUGAUCCCCAUUAUAGUAAUACUGAAUUCCUGCGCAAUGAUACAGACGAAUCACAGUAUGGUAAUACAGAGUUCCUGCGCAAACAGCAUGUAUCAUAAGGAUCCAUGUCGAAAUUAUAUAUUUGGUUUUCGGAACGGGUAGCCAAGAAAACUAUUCAUGAAGAUCGCAUUCGAUUUUGAUUUUGGCUUAACUGCUUCGUGAUUUCACUCCUCUAACUUAAUAAUUUAUCUAUAAUGUGGCUGUGACAAUCGUGCAUAAUGCUGAAAAGAAAACGCUUGAAAAUCGGUAAUUUUAUCUUGUUUCAAUUAUCUUUGUCCAACCAGUUUAUUUCUACAACGACGUAGUCCCAUUUUCACUGGAUGGCAUCCCC